UAUGUUCAAACAGUCAUUUCUUUCUUUACACUGAAUUGUUCUGCAGUGCUGACACUUUGCUCGCGCUGCUGAAACAAGGUUCGAAUAUUCGUGUAGAUUCGUAUCUCUGAACCGCAUCUAGCGAGCAGCUCGUUGUAACACUGAUUGCUGAGCAGUGUUUGCAGAAGUCAUGGGUCAAUGGCGAAUGAAGACAGGAUUAAAUUGUUUUGCUGCAUCGUCGAUUCCUCUCUGCAGUGUUUUUAGUUGGGCAAGUAAACAGGAAAUAGUUCUGAACACAAGAUCAUUUACUGAGGGUCGCCAACGCUCAACUAACAUCAGUGGCGGACACAUCAUUGUGUUACACCGAUACCACAACCUGAAAGUAAAACACCCAGAACGGUAGCCCGCAGCAGAUGACAUGUUAUAUUAUCAUGCAAACAUUAAUUAAAUUAAUCAUCACAAACAGAUGUACAAAGUCAGCAAAUAAUAUUUUCAUGAACACAACUCUGCUAAUUUAUUAGCUCUGAAUUACAAUUGGGCAGGCCCAUAGAUAGAAAGGGUUUGGGGAGAUAUGGGUCAAACGUGGGCAAUUUUGACUAACCUAGAUAAGCAUCUUGGUCUAACACGUUGGGGAGAAGUGCCUGUCUCCGAGCUAUAUGUCUCUGUGACAAUCUGACCCAACCAUUUGUUAAAUAUAACCCUGAGCCUUUCACACUGUAACGUGUCGCGCUGCUGCUGGCUCGCUGUGGUUCACGAUCAGACUUCCUGAUCCUAUCUUCCUCGUUGAUAUUAGAGAGAUGCGGUUGUAUCUGAGAGCUCAGAGCUGAGCGACAGGCAGACAAGUGCUGGCCUUGUCACUAUGGAUAAAACAAUGUGGAUUCCCAUUCUUCUCAUCUCCUCGUUGCCGGUUUCAGGUGCAGUGUGGGGAAAGGCGUAUGUAAGAGGAGUUGUGGGAAGAGCGAUUACAAUCGAUUGUCACUAUGCACCAGAGUACCGCUCACACACAAAAUACUGGUGCCGUGUGCAGAGUCGCCAAUGUGCAGAUGUGGUGGAAACGAAUGGGCAACGCGGACGGAGUGGAAGAAUGUCAAUCACAGAUAUACCGGCACGAGGAAUAUUUACUUUGACUGUGGAGGAUCUUCAGAUUGGAGAUACAGGACGGUACAGAUGUGGAAUUAUUGCAAUGUUUCACGUACAUCUCAAAGUAUCUGACGAACCCGUGUCUGUUCCUGUGCUUGGAUUUCUGUCACCAGCCAAUGUCUCCUGUCUCGGGGACUCCGUGUCAGUGUCCUGUGAGUCGGUCAGUGGAUCACUGCCCAUUAGCUACACCUGGUAUGAAAAUACCCCAUCUUCGGUUGCCAAGAUCUCAGACAGCAAUGCCCUGGAUCUACAUUGUCAAUCCUGCAAACACCAGCAUCAUCAAUAUUAUUGCACAGCCUCAAAUAAACGUGGAUCAAAAUCCAGUGAAAUGGUCAACGUGUCCAUCUCCAGCAGUGGCGCGCCCUGCAGUUUUCUAGUGGAAAUCAAUGACACUGUUUCAGCUGCAGUGUGGGGAAAGGCGUAUGUAAGAGGAGUUGUGGGAAGAGCGAUUACAAUCGAUUGUCACUAUGCACCAGAGUGCCGCACACACACAAAAUACUGGUGCCGUGUGCAGAGUCGCCAAUGUGUAGAUGUGGUGGAAACGAAUGGGCAACGCGGACGGAGUGGAAGAGCGUCAAUCACAGAUAACCCGGCACGAGGAAUAUUUACUUUGACUGUGGAGGAUCUUCAGAUUGGAGAUACAGGACGGUACAGAUGUGGAAUUAUUGCAAUGUUUCACGUACAUCUCAAAGUAUCUGACGAACCCGUGUCUGUUCCUGUACUUGGAUUCCAGUCAUCGGGCAACGUCUCCUGUUUAGCGGGUUCAGCAUCAGUGUCCUGUGAGUCCCACGAGGGAUCUCUUCCCAUUGUAUACACAUGGUUUGAGAGGACCUCAUCUGAGGAUUCAAAGGUGUCAGAUACCAAUACAUUGGAUCUGCAUUGCCUGUCCUUGAAACCGCAACUACAUCAAUAUUACUGCGCAGCCUCAAAUACACAAGGAAAUAUAUUGAGUGAGGUUGUCAAUGUGGUCACCUCCAACCCUGACGGGACCUGCACCAUGGUCAUUGAGGUCAAUGGCAAAGUUACAUCUCAUGGAAAGUGGGGCGCUGGGUGCUCUUUCUCCUGCUUGUGAUCUGGAGGAUCUCAAUCGCGUUGUUCACAGGCGGCACUGAGAAACGCGAUGAAUUCAGAACCUCGACACACGGUCCACCAAUUACAAUGGAGACUCCUAGCUUGCACCAACAUCGAAGGAAUUCUGCACAGCAAUCAAAUAUAUAUCACCCAGCUUUGUCAAUUGCUAUCAAUUGAUCAGAAUAUA